AUGGGUGAUUUCUACAGCCAAUUCCUUUCUACAAUGACGGGAGCGGACGGCUACUUGCCUACGAGCCCCGACGAGCUGAAUCCGGGCUUCAUGCCUGGAGUUAUGCGGCCCAUGACGACCCCAGAAAUCCCCCCGCCGUAUCCCUCAAAUUCCAUUUCUGAAUAUUUCGCUACGUAUGCGGAACCUGCUCCUGUUAAUCCUCCCAAGGCGGGCAAAGGCCGGCGACGAUCGACCGCAAACCAAGGCGGCGGGAAUCCGGACCAAGUGAAGCAUCGGAGAACGCGUUCUGGCUGCUAUACGUGUCGAAGCCGCCGAGUCAAGUGUGACGAGAACCGACCAAUAUGUGACCGUUGCAGAAAAGGAAACCGAGAAUGUUCUUAUCCUGAACUGCCAGGAUCAAAAGGUAAAUUUGACCGCUCUGCUAUCAAGUCAAAAGACGAUUCAUGUACUAUUCAGUGUAUAAGCCCCACAUCUUCUAACGAGGUGGAAGAAGACGAUAUAGAGCAAGACGCAAAGCUUGAGACGAUUCCGGAUGAGAUCGAACCCGAUGGAUUACUGCGUCGAGAAUCAAUGGCUGGCUUGCCACAGGUCCGAAGGGCAAGUGCAGUAUCCCUUAAUAUCGCCUCAGGGAGCGGCCGCCAGGCUUCCGAAACGCCGUCACAGGACCAAAACGAAAGCGUCUCGCCCACAAACUCGAAUUCUACCGUAGCGACGGGAAGUUCGGCGCUGGCUGGACAUUUAACGCUGGAAGGGACUACAGAAGAUAUGAAGCUGCCGCCAGAUUUUCAAAAUUACCUCCAGUUCUUCAAAAAGAAUAUGACCAACUAUCAUUACGGCUUGGCGGUUGAUGAAGACGACUUUUUCAAGUCUGAGCUACAGAUGGUUGCGGUAACGUUUGAGCCGUUGCUCAAUGCGUUGGUUGGAUUCGCUGCGUAUCAUGUUACUCUGCAAAAUCCAAAUGGAAAACUGAACGAUUUCCUCCAAUAUUAUAAUAGAAGCGUUGUGCUGCUGCUAAGGCUUUUGAGAAGGGAGCAGACGCACAAUGUCCAUGUACUUUUGACAAUUCUGCAGCUCGCCACCAUCGAGGAGUAUCUGGGCGACUGGGUGAACCUCAUGGGGCACCAGAAAGCUGCCUUCGAAAUUCUGACCCAUAUCUAUACCCCGCAGACAGCGAUGCAAUCCGCCAUGGGCCGAAUGUGCCUCAGCUGGUACGCCCGAUUUGAUAACAUAGUCGCUCUGAUGGGUAGAUUUCCCACGGAGAUCCCCCGCGAGUGGUUUACCACCAUGGUUGCGUUUUAUCAAAGCCAGAUAGCAUCAAAUCCCGCCGAAUUACGUUGGAGGAUUGAAGAUCGAUCCGCUCGUCUACGUCUCAUCUCCUACGAUAUGUCUGACUUGUAUGCUCGUGGAAGUCGACAGCAGAUGAAUCCAACAGAUUACGCACUUGAACACAGUCACUUGACGGCACAGCUUGAGGGAUGGAAGGGAAGCUGGGAUCCAGCUUUAUGCGAUCAAAAAUACCUCGUGACUGAUUUUCCUUGGCGGCGUCCCUUGGAUCCCAACUACAUUGUCGAUCCGUAUCGCCCAGGAAUGCUCUAUGAGCAUCCUUUAUUUAACAAUACCAUUAUUACAAUGGAAUGGCACAGCAUCGUUAUAAUGCACAAAAGCCAGUCACCCGAUCUGUCUCCAGAACAGCUGUUCGCGGAAUUAGGGGGACAUGCGUUUGCGGUGUGUGAGCUGUUCGAGUGUAUGGAGCAUUGGCCGGAGCUGCCAGCGGGGACAUUAAUCGCGAUGCAGCCCUGUCUUGCAAUCGCUGGCCUUUUCUUGCCGCAUCAACCGAAUCACAAUAUGUGGCUGCGACGGAAAUUUGCAAUGUUAGAAGCUCAGGGACAUAUCAAUCCCAUUACUCGCCGUACAAAGAUGGCGGAGAUCUUUGGAGACCCUUCAUGUGCUCAUUGGUGGCUACCGAACGAUCAAGGCUUUACACCAAUACUUCAAAGUAUACGAAGUUUCGCGGACGAACGAAACGCAAGGGCGGGGAAUUCGCAGCAGGUGAAUCUCCGCGAAGUGAAACACCUCUUCGACAAACUUAUCCUUGAAUGA